AUGAUCCUUCAGCCUUCUACCAAUCUCCUCAAACUUCUACUAUUUCUUGCUAUCUCUUCUGUAAGGACUCAAGUUCUUAACGAUAUAAUAAUUGAACUAAACCAACGCCUACUUAUCUCCAACAACUUGUUGUAUUGCAACCAAUCCGAUAAACUAAGUGAAUACGAGGAAAAGUAUCUAAGACACAUGGCACCAAUAAGCUUGAUGAUCUUCGCCUCAGUUGAAAAGUUAAAUUUCCCACAAGUUGAAUAUAAUUUAGGUGCUGAUAACAAAAUCUUUUUGAUAAUGGGCGAAGACGAACCACCCUAUGAUUUCUUCCAUGCCCUGAAUUUACAUUUUCAGUUUGCUGAAUAUGUCAUUGUGAUCGAUGAACCGGUCGAUCUGAAAAGGAGCACCAAAUGGCUAGAUUUUGUGAAGCACCUUUGGCAGCAAGGAUACGUUCAGUUGCUAUUCUACACCUCGUUCGAUGAGAAACUCUAUCACAAAAUCAUAUUUCCCGAAACCAUAAUAGUGGAGACUUUGAUAGAGGACUACAUAUCCGUUCGGGGAUCGUUCAAGGAUCUCUAUGGCUAUCCGGUCAGGGUGGCUGCCUAUAAUAAUGCUCCGCGCUCCAUGCUAUACGUGAAUCGCUGGGGCAAGCAGGUAUUCGCUGGGUUCUACAUGAGAUUCAUCCGAGCUUUCAUAGGCUCGAGAAAUGGCAGCUUUGUGCCAGUGCUCACCCCAAGUGAUUCUCCCGGGAAUUGUACCCUGAACUUGGUCAAUGAAACAGUGGAUGUGUGUGCAGAUGCAUUGGCAGCGAAUCCCGCCGCGUUUAGCCUGACCCACGGAUUCAGGAUAGCCUCGGCGAAUGUUCUGGUGACCCACGCGAAACCGCUCCACUCCUACCGCUAUCUGACCGCUCCUUUUCAGUGGAGUGUAUGGGCCUGUUUGGUCGUCUAUGUGCUGCUGGUGGUCAGUUUCCUGAGCUUUAUUGGAUGGCUAAGAAGCGGGAAGUGGGACUUCAGUAAGCAUCUGCUCGAGGUAUUCAGCUCACUUUUGUUCAGUGGAUUCUACCUGAAGGAAAUCAGUGGAAGGGAGAGGUACAUACUCUUUGGAGUCUUGUUCAUAGCUGGAUUUGUCUACUCCACCGAGUAUCUGGGACUACUCAAAAGUAUGCUGAUCUCGGAGGUUUUCGAGAAGCAGAUUGACACCUUUGAGGCACUGGUGGAGAGCAACAUAACCCUGAUGGUGGAUCCAUACGAUAAGCUCUUGUUCGCCAAGUACAAUAUGCCCCAGAUACUUUCCCCCAUAAUGGAGCUGGUCAGCUUUGAGACUCUUCUGGAGCACAGAAAUCGCUUCGAUCAGGACUACGCGUACAUACUGUUCUCGGAUCGAAUGGCGCUAUACGACUAUGCCCAGCAGUUCCUGAAGCAUCCGAAGCUGUUGAGAAUUCCCAUCGACUUCUCGUUCCUCUACACUGGCAUUCCGAUGCGGAAGAGAUGGUUUCUGAAGCACCAUUUGGGACGGGCCUGGUACUGGGCCUUCGAGAGUGGUCUUACGAGGAAACUGGCCUUGGACGCCGACUUCGAGGCAGUUCGCGUGGGCUACCUGAGCUUCCUCAUCACGGAGCAUGUGGAGGCCCAGCCGCUGGAUGUGGAUUAUUUCGUCAUGCCGGCAAUUGCUCUGGCCAUCGGCUACAUCCUGGCCCUUGUGAGCUUUGUCAUCGAGAUGACGGCCUGGCGCAUGAGGGAAUUCCUGGGAUGCAGCAAGGCGACGAUGACGAGCACCGGUUGUCCAGGAGGCGGUCAUGUUGAUGUUGAUUGA